UUCAACUCAAAGUUAACACUUCAGUUUGCAGGGCAAAAGGCACCAGAAGAAAGGUCUCUGUCCUUUGUAACAAUUGCAGCUGGGUGCUAUGACGUUAUGAAUUGCUCAUGUUCCGGGGACAAUUUCCAAAUUCUGGUGAUAUACUUCUUUCAAUUCACCUUCAGAGAGAAGUUCAGAGAGCUGUUGCUGCUGACUUCAGCACCUAUUGUUCAGGAACUCCCCCCCAGAGUCCUCGUUUCUAGAAAAAUUUUCUUCAAACAUUUUUUCCUGGAGGAGCAAACGCAGCUGACUUGGUGCAGAUGGACUUCGUUGCUGGAGCCAUUGGAGGUGGUGUUAGUGCUGCAGUAGGUUAUCCAUUGGAUACAAUAAAGGUGAGAAUUCAGACAGAAGCACAGUAUCGUGGAAUAUGGCACUGUAUAAGAGAUAUAUAUAGAAAUGAAAGGGUGCCAGGUUUUUUCAAAGGCAUGUCAAUGACAGUUUUAAUGGCAUCACUGAUUUCAUCAUUUUCAUUUGGAAUCUACAAAAACUUCCUUUAUAGUAUCUGCAGAUUACGAUAUGGCUCUACAGACAUAAAACCAUCAAAAGUGGAUAUAUCAUUUGCAGGUUGUGUUACUGGAGCUGUGCGGGUUGUGCUAAUAUCACCCGCAGAAAUAGCCAAAGUAAGAUUACAGAUCCAGAAAGAACCAUAUUCCUUGAUAGGAUCAUCUCAUCCCUUUGACUCUCAACCUAAGUAUCAAGGUUCCUUGCAUUGUUUGAGGACAAUAGUCAAAAAAGAAGGCCUUGGAGGUCUGUACAAAGGAUCUUUGGCUCUGUUGGCCAGGGAUUGCCAUUCAUGUGGACUGUAUUUUCUCACCUACUCUGUCCUGUGUGAUUGGCUUACUCCAACUGGUAAAAACAAACCAGACCUGUGGGCUGUGCUUCUAUCUGGAGGCUGUGCUGGUGUUCUUGCCUGGGGUACAGCAACCCCAAUGGAUGUUAUUAAAGCCCGAAUGCAAGCAGAUGGUGAUGGGCAGCGUAAAUAUACUGGACUAAUGCAUUGUGUCAGAGACAGCAUAAGGGAAGGAGGAGUACGAGUUCUUUUUAAAGGCCUUGGGCUAAACUCACUUCGUGCAUUUCCUACAAAUAUGAUGAUAUUCUUAACUUACGAAGCUGUUCUUAGGUUUGGGAAACGUUUGGAGAAAUGAAGAUUUUAUUUCAGCAUUAUUCUAGAAGUGGUUGCCUAUUUUUAAAGCAAUUUAUUUAAAUAUCUUUUUUUAAAAAAACUCUUGUGAUAAAUUAUCUUUACAAAUUUCGGGAUUGGAUGUAUGUAUUAAAACUGUAUUAUGCUCUCAAUAGUUUUUUUGGGUGUGUGUGUGUUUGUGUAGCAUGAGGGGAAUAAAUUAAGAUGCUUUUGUUUAUUUUAUGAAUUAUAAUUACAAACAAGGAUGAGUUAGGGUGAGUUCUUGUUGCUAGAACUACUAAUCUUGCAUGAGCUUCUUAUAGAAGUUGAAGUCUUACUGUAGCACAUUCAUUUAAUCAAUCCAAGAGGGUCAGAAUUAUAUCUCA